UAGUACAUAAUGCACCCUGACACAAAAAUACUGUCAUGUCAUUGACCAAAAUUUAAAGCCAAAUGUGAAAAGGAUUUCACUUGUCAAAGUGACGCUUUGGGGAAUGAUAUGGCAACGCCCCAUACAACCAAGUGCCUUUUGUAUAUUGCAAUGACUCCAAAAACCUGAAUAUCUGCUUUAAAAACAAUUACAUAUUUAAUCAUUUCAAGUCAUCGAUGUAUUGUUCUUUUUAUCAUUAUACCUCAGUCAGAUCUGAUAUGCUUUCUGAUGGUUUAUUAAGUCAUAGAGUUACAGCAUAUUUAGUUUGUCUGUUUUCUGUCAUAAACAUCCUUCUGUACACCUGAAAACAAGAUUAGAAGCGACUCCACCCAUAUGCGUUUUUGUUUAUGUAACUGAAAAACUGAAAGUAAAAGGAGGUGGGUGAAACUGGAUUUACUCUGAAACUUUUACUGGGAUAAGAUGUCUAAAACGGACUCAGGUGAGCCGGCAGAUGGCAGCUCUCUGUCAGAGCUAAGGAUUGUGUUAAUGGGGUAUAAAGAAGCUGGGAAGAGUUCAUCAGGAAACAUCAUUCUGAAUAGAGAGGAGUUUGACUUGAAGACAUCUGCUCAGUGUGUGAAGAGACAGAGAGAAGUGGCAGACAGACACAUCACUGUGAUUGAAGCUCCUGGAUGGUGGAUUGAUGAACCUGUAGAGAAGAGCUCUGAGUUACUAAAAAAAGAGAUUUUACUCAGUGUGUCUCUGUGUCCUCCAGGACCUCACAUUGUUCUUCUGGUUAUACGUGCUGACAGAAGAUUUAAAGAGGAAGAUAGAAAAGUAUUUGAGGGUUAUGUUGAUCUUCUGGGUGAGAGAGUCUGGAGUCACACUAUAGUGCUCUUCACUCAUGGAGACUUUCUAGGAGACACAACUAUAGAGCAACACAUUGAGAGUGAAGGUGAGGAUCUCCAGUGGCUGGUGGAGAAAUGUGGGAACAGAUAUCAUCUUCUCAACAAUAAAAAUAAAAGUGAUGAGACUCAGAUCAAAGAUCUGCUGGAGAAGAUAGAGGAGACAGUCACAGAAAACAAUGGCUGCUAUUUUGAAAUGGACAGAAAGAUUUUACAGGAGAUGGAAGAGAGACGGAGAGUAGAGAAAGAGAGAGCAGAAGAACGAAUGCAGAGGAUGAAGAAACAGAGAGAGAUGACCAGAUCAAAGAUGGGACCAACAAAACCGAUGGUGACGGUGGACCCCAUGAGCCUCCACAACAAUUCCCACAUGAAUAACGUGGUGCACAGUGACCCUGAUGAGAAGAAAAAAAAUGUCAAAGGGAAGAAACUGACAGGGGCUGAAAGUGGCACACCCAGCACCUUCCUGGAUGUAGGUCAUGUAGGCUUGGACCCAAACACAUGCUUUGAUUUAAAUAACUUGGAUCCCGACCUAAAGCACCUGUUUGACAUGUGUGGUAUCUCAGAGGAGCAACUCAAAGACAAAGAGACAUCAAAGGUCAUCUAUGAUUUCAUUGAGAGGAAGGGAGGUGUAGAGGCCGUGAAGAAUGAAAUGAGACAAGAACCCACUCCACCGAUGGCAACGGUGGACAUUACGAAUCCAGAGAUAAAUAACACCCACAUUAAUAACAUGGUGCACAGUGAUCUUAGCAAGAAGGAAAAGAAAGUGAAAGGGAAGAAAAUCACAAAGGCUGAUAUUACAUCACCUACAAACUUCAGGCACGUCGGUCAUGUAGGCUGGGACCUGAACGCAGGCUUUGAUUUGAAUAACUUGGAUCCCGACCUGAAGCACUUGUUUGACAGAUGUGGCAUCUCAGAGGCGCAACUCAAAGACAAAGAAACAUCAAAGGUCAUCUAUGACUUUAUUGAAAAGCAGGGAGGUGUAGAGGCCGUGAAGAAGGAGAUGAGACACGGGAGGGGAGAUGAGAUGUCUGAUAUGGUCUCUCUGGGAAGUUCUGGUUUAUUCAGAUCUCAAUCAGGUGACGACAACAGUUCAGUUGUUGCAUCAUCAAGCUCCAAAGACAAACCUGGAUCUUCACACCCCACUUCUGAGAAACAUUCAGAAAUCAAAGGAAUAAAGAAAGAUUAGGUAAAUGGAAUAAAUGAGACGAAACCAAAAGAAAAUGUAAUGUGAUUGAUUGUGAAGAAAAUAACACAAAAAAUAUUAAAUUGUGUUUCUAUCAUGUUUCAUCUAUAUCACCAAACUAUCAUGAUUUUCAAGUAACACUUUAAAAACAGCUGGCCGUGGUUUAGUGCAACCAAAUUGAGUAUAGUUGAAUCUUUAAUAACUAGUUUUUAUGUAGAUUUUUUUCAGGCACCAAAGCACUGUCUUUAUAAAAGCACUGUCUUUAUAAACUUUGAUACUUGAGAUAAAAUGUUUUGAAGAGCUUUUUUUUAAAUCUCCACAACAGGAAACACAUAACUAUAUAAUUCGACAACAGAAGCAAUUUAAUCUUUUUAAAAGCCAGGACAAACUAUCUGUUAAAGUGUAUUUUAUUAAUAUAAGAUAACAGGCAAUGGGAAGUGAUACUGUGUUUGUAAACAAGUACUCAAGUUUUACAUUAUUCAGUAAAUAUAUUUUGUUUCGUUUAUUCAUAGCUAAUAUUUGUAUUUUAAUGGUGUUGCUGUCAUUUCUGUCAAAUUGAAAUCUAAAAUGCUCAUGAUUUGAUAUUUCAUUUUCAAUACAAUCUCGAAGCAAGAAUGCCAAAAUUAAAAGCCAAACGAGAUAAAGAAACAGCAUUUUGAUAAUAAGGCUUUUUAAUAAUACUCACGCUAUAAUAGUAACAAAAAUCUAUUUUAAAUGUAGAUCAGUUUUCAUUUUAUGUUUUUUUAUUUAAUAGUUUUUGUUUUUUUUAUUUUCAAAGUCAAAUUGUAUGCAAAUUCUAUGCAAUUUUAUAAUCUGAAAAAACUUUUCUCACCAUACUGUAAUAAACCUUUUGUGAAACAGAAGAUCCAAAAUUGGCUUUAUGGCAUCAUGAAGCACCUUUAUUUUUAAGAGUGUAAGAAAGUUAAUUGUGGGUGGGUAUUAAAAAUGAGCAAUUUGUUUCAGCUCAACAUAAAUCACAUGAGUGCUUAUGCCUUUCUUACUGUGAUAAAAAGCUAUUUUUUCUUUAAAUGUAACAUUUAUAAUAAAAAUGUCCUGCAUGUAUUACCAAUCAGACCUGACA